AUGCGUUACUCAAUUGCUGCUGCUGUCCUUGCCGCUUCGCAAGCGGCUGCUCAGUCUGUCGUCGGCACUGCGUAUGGGUUCGCUACUGGUGUGACGGGAGGUGGUGACGCGGAAGCCGUUACUGUUUCCAGCGUGAGCGAGCUUGCCGACCUUCUAUCAGAUGACACUGCUCGCACUAUCGUCAUCGACGCCGAGCUUGACUUCACCGGUACCUCCGCAACGGACGCUGGAUGUGACCGCAAAUCUUGCUCCGCUGACAAUGGAGGCCAACUCUACCUCGGCGACCUUUCCUGCGGUGGCGAUGACAACGUCGCCAUCAGCUCCAUCACCUACGACGCUGCUGGUCCCAAGCCCCUGACAGUCGGCUCCAACAAGUCCAUCCUCGGUAACGGCAAGGGCGUACUCAUUGGCAAGGGUCUCGCGCUCGCUGACGGCGCUUCCAACGUCAUCAUCCAAGGUCUCGAGUUCAAGAACAUUAACCCAAGCGCCGUCUGGGGCGGCGACGCUCUUAGCUUCAACGGCAACAACGAUGGAGUCUGGGUCGACCACAACAAGUUCAGCCUCGUUGGUCGCAUGUUCAUCGUCAGCCACUAUGCGCCCUCGCGCCUCACCGUCUCCAACAAUGAGUUUGACGGCACAACCACCACGUCCGCGACCUGCAACGGAAACCACUACUGGACCAUGAUGUUCUAUGGCGACGGCGACCAAGUCACCCUCGACAAGAACUACUACCACGACGUCUCCGGCCGUGCUCCCAAGCUGGGCGAGGACGGCUCAACGGGCACUUUCCAGGCCGUCAACAACUACUUCUCCAACAUGAAAGGCCAUGCGUUCGACACGUACGACAGCGCCUCUGCGCUCAUCGAAGGCAACGUCUUCGAGUCUGUCAGCCAGCCUAACACCGACAAGGCCGCUUCGUCGUCCGUGCUGUACACUGUCCCCGAUUCGUCCGCUGCGAGCGCUUGCUCCAGCUCUCUCGGUCGCGCAUGCGAAGUCAACUCUGUCGACUCGUCUUCCGGCGAGCUCGUUGCCCUGAAGGCAGACAGUGUCCUCAGCACCCUAGCUAAGGUCAAGGACUCUCUCGUUAAGCCGCUCGCCGCGAGCGACGUCGCUGCUCACGUCAAGGCCAAUGCUGGACCUGCUGGACUCGCCUCCGCCAGCUCCACGGAGCCGUCAAAGGUGGCCGACGAUGAGGUUGCGACUAACACUACUAACCCCGCUGUGCCCGUCUCCAGCUCCGCCGAGGAAGCUCCCGCCGCUACCUCCGAAGUCGCUACCCCUGUCUCUUCUUCCCCCGCUGAGGAGGCUUCUGCUGCUACUUCUGAAGCCGCUGAGCCUACCUCCGCUCCCUCCACCGGCUCUAGCUCUGACUCGGGUUCAUCGUCCGGCACUGUUGCCGCGUACGGACAGUGCGGUGGCAUUGGGUUCACGGGCGCGCUGGAGUGCGUGAGCGGUUAUACAUGCACAAAAAUGAACGACUGGUACUCGCAGUGCAUUGCUGCGAGUGCAAAGUUUAGGAGGAGUUUUGGGCCGUUUGCCAAGAACCGUUAA